AAAAUCCCUCAAGCACAGUUGUGUUACUCUGAGGUAAAAACCAUGAAUGGGAUUUUCUUUCCCGUUCACCAUUAUUUAAUUAGUUGUGGGUAACCUGGAUAGAUAACAGCUUUCUUUCUGAGGCAGACCUGAAUGGUCGCGAUAGUAUAUUUUGAGAGUAAUUCCAAAUCGAGUUAAACUAUGGCUGAAGUGAACGGCUUAAGCCGUUCACAUACAGCUCCGAAUGGGUCCAGUCGCCAUGAGAAGAGUUUGGGUCUCCUCACAAUUAAAUUUGUGACCCUGCUUCAGGAGUCUGAGAACGGAGUCCUCGAUUUAAAAGUGGCUGCAGACACUUUGGCUGUCAGACAGAAAAGAAGGAUCUAUGACAUCACAAAUGUCCUUGAAGGGAUAGGUCUCAUUGAGAAAAAGACAAAAAAUACCAUCCAAUGGAAGGGUGAGAGUUCAGGUUGCCAACCUCAGGAGAUCUUGGAGCAAGUGGAACUUCUGAAGGCUCAGAUAUCUGAGCUGGAGAGGCAGGAGAAGGAACUGGAUAUUCAAAAAGAAUUUCUUCAGCAGAGCAACAAACAUCUGAAGGAAGACCCCAACAGCAUCAGAUACAGUUAUGUGACACAUGAGGAUAUAUGUAAUGUGUUCAGUGGAGACACCCUUCUGGCAGUAAUGGCACCUGCAGGGACUCAGCUAGAGGUUCCAGUGCCCGAGAUGGCUCAGAAUGGUCAGAAGAGAUACCAGGUAAAUCUGCGGAGUCAGUCAUCUCCCAUCCAGGUGAUGCUGAUCAACAGGGAGACUGGUAGCUCCAAGCCCGUGGUGUUCUCUGUCCCACCCCCGGAUGACAUCUACACUAUGCCCACUCCCCCGAGCACACCAGCCAGCCAACAGCGCUUUCCCAUCCCAUCUGACCCCUGCAGUAUGGGGCACACCCAGCUUAAGAGCCCGGCAUCAGAGCACCAGCUCACACCCUCCUCUACUCCUCCUGAUAUUCACAUGGAGUGCCAGCCCGAGUCCCCCGUCAGCCAGUGCCUGCUGAUACAGGAACCCCUGGUUGGCACUGAGGCGGUGGUGCAGUCACACGGGGAGCUGGACAGGCAAGAUGUGCAGUCUAUACUGGAUGUGGGCAGUCUGCUGAGGCUCAACACUGUGGACCAAAUGAAGGAGGAGAAAGAGGGGGUUGCUGACCUCAUUGAUGAGCUCAUGUCAUCAGAUGUGUUUCCCUUGCUGCGACUCUCCCCCAAUCCAGGUGUGGAUUACAACUUCAACCUAGACGACAAUGAAGGAGUAUGUGACCUGUUUGAUGUACAGAUUCUUAAUUAUUAAGGAAACCUUAAUGCUACACUGAGUUUUGGCAUGGCUUGCUCUGAAGAGAAGUUGUCGUCUUUUCCAUGGCAACGAUCCAGAGUGCUGCCAUUAGGAAAUGCCCACAUUCUGAAACAAUUGCUCGGUGCCCUCCACACCCUUCAGUUUGCUCUUAAUUCAGAAAAAGAUUUGACUCCUUCCUCCCUGUAAUGCCAUUUACAGCAAUUCCCUUUAGGACCUUUAUGGUUGAAAAAUACUGAACAUUACAGACCAUCAGCAACUCAUUGCUUAAUGUCUAGUGGUCAUUGAUGAGUAGCAUAAUGCUUUUGUAAAGGUUUAAUGUACAGACAUGCUGUAUACCUACUGGACUGUGUGUGGUGUCCUUUCAGCAUGUCUGGAGAUAUGGGCUUCUCCCGCUGCCCAAACAGACUAGAUGUGCAGCCAUUUGUACUUAUUCCAUAUUCUGUUUUUCAUUUAUGUUUGUAUGAAUACUUAUGGUGCUGCCUUAUUUCAAUCUUUUGGAAAAAAUUAUUUAAAGUAUUUUCUUUGUAAAAUUAAUUUGGUUAGUUAGACGUGUACUUAAUUUAAAUAAUUUCCAGAUUUCGUAAAUGAAUGUUCUGUUCAGCUGCCUUAAUCUAUAGGUCUGUGUAACUGGCCAAAAACUUGUGCCUAUCAUAGCACUUUUUUUGAAUGUCUGCUUUCUUCCCCUGUCUUUUUUGUCUAAUCAUUGCAUUUUUUGGGGGUGCGGUUUCUUUUUGCACAUUUUUUUUAAAUCAGAAGUUUUAUAUAAAACACUAAUACAUAUGUGAAUAUUGUGAAUUUUUGGAUUUGUUGAAGGCAGAAUACACAUGAGCCACUUUGAUUUGGGUAUUAACAUGUUUGUGUUUUUAAUUUGUGUUUGUGCUGCGUGGCUGACGGGUAAUACUGAAAGCUUACAGCGAUCCACUAACAUAUGAACUGAAUGCUUAAAUCAUCAUCAAAUUUAAACUGCUUUAUCCAGUAUUCUGUGCUUUACAGUGGUGACAAACUCACAUGGUCGUAAUGUUGGUCAUGCUUUAGAGCAACACCACUAAGCACAGAUGUGCCAAUAUUUUGAAGGCAGAAUUUUACAGUAAUUUAAAUGUGAUUUUAAUCUUUUUUUUCUUCUUUAGCUUGUAUACUGAAGAAUAUAAAUAUAUAGACACAGUUGAGGUCAACUUCACCUUUUCUUAUGUGGAGUUAGUUCCAGGCUAAGCCUCAGUCUCGUCUGGUCAGCCUGUUCAAACCUAUAUAUGAAAUACUUCUGCUUUAUAAAUUCUACUGGUAU